AUGUCGUUGUCCAGAGAGACGAAGCGCACCGAUGUCGUGGUGCGCCACCUGUUAGCAUCUCCUUGUACAUCUGUGCCACGGCGGUUUGAGGGCCAGGUCUGCGUUGUGACCGGCGCUGCCCAGGGCAUCGGCUCCGCUGUGGCUGCUCGGCUGGCUGCAGAAGGUGCGCGGGCUGUGUGCCAGCCUUACCAGCCUCACCAGGCCUUACCACUUUCGAUAUGGACAAUCGGCAAGAUGCUUGUUGCGUUGCCAAGGUGGAUAUUGGACAAAGCCGAUGGUAGCAAUGCUGCCAAGCAAUUGGAGAAGGCAGGGUUCGCUUUCCUGUUCUUUGCCGAGUCGCAAAUGCCUGGCCGAGGGUACUUUGUCGCAACUGCGGUGGGCAGACUUGCCGGACGAAGCGCUGCGGACGAGGCGGCCACCUCGCGGACGGAGCAACGGAUGUCGGCGUCAGCGCAAAGUCCGAGCCGAGAACCGGAAGUCAGGCUCCCUCGAACUGGCGUGCUCACGGCUCAUCGCGGUGCUGAGCCUCGCGACCUACAGAAGCCGCCCGAGUCUCAAGAGAAGCCGGAGAUACCGAUGGCGGCGCUUGGCACUGAUGCCGUGCUCCCGUCGACGUGCCUCGCCACAGCCCGCCGAGCGCGCGAAGCCAAGAAUCGUUGCCUACAAUGA